GCCGGUGUUUACCGCGCGGCGGCGCGGAGGUCGCGGGGCGCGGGGUGCCCGGCCGGACACAAAGGCGAGAAGCGGCCGGCCGCGGCCGGGCCUUAUCACCGCACACAGUCGCCGCGCGCGCCCCGCGACGGACGUCCCGCGAUCGUGACUCGAGAUCAGUGAGACAGUGAUCAGUGAGCGCUCAGCGCACCCGUGUUACGCUUGUUCAGUGCUAAGACACUCCUGCAAAACGGCGGCACUCUCGGACAUUGUAAACAGCACGCACGUGCCGGCUCGCAAAAGGCGAGGUGGUACAAUGGCGACGAAGGGCAAGCGUCCAAUGCGCGCGCUGACGCCCGGCGACAAGAUCGAGGCGAUCCAGCGCGUGAAUGACGGCGAGUCCAAGGCGUCAGUCGCGCGCGACAUCGGCGUGCCCGAGUCCACGCUGCGCGGGUGGUGCAAGAACGAGGACAAGCUGCGCUACAUGACAUCGCGAUUGUCCUCGCCUGAAACCGACAAGAGCAGCGACACUGAGCCUCUGGAAAAACGCGCGCGUACCGAGUCGCCUGUCGCGACUUCGCCUGCGCCGCUACCUCACGCCGGGCUCGACCUGUCAGCUCCGGCGUCGGCACCCGCGCACGCCCCGCACCCCUCCCCGCCCGGUGAUGCUCCUGUCGAGCUGACCACCCGCCGCGCAGAUCCCGCCCCCGCUCCGCCAUCCCCACGCGACCGCAGGCCCGACCCUGGUGCUAGCGUCUCCAUGAGCGCCAUCAGCCCGCUAUCCGGCCUCGCACACCUACCUGGUCUUGCACAUUCACACCUCGGUCUCAGCUUCAAUGAGAUCGCCACCAAUUUGACGCUUCUGGCGCAGCUGAACCCGGGCCUAUCAGCGCUGUCCGCGCAGCCUGCAAGCCGCGCGUUACGCUCUGUGCGCUCGCCUAAGCCUGCGCAUAAUGGCAUUCUCAACAUGAACGAACCGAGCAAGCACCGCAGCAAGACCCACCACUACUCUCACUCGGACCCGUACUCGCGACACAGCUCCAAAUCAAGUCAUCACGUCUCCUCUACGACCACUAACCAGCCGGUCGAUGACUCCCUGUGGUACUGGCUCAAGACGCAGCAGGCCAUGCUCGAUCUCACAUCGCAGACUACGGCGGCUCACCCUCUAACCCUAGGCAAAAGCGAACCGAGCCUUCCACCAAAGCCCGUUGCGCCAACGAUCCCUAUCAGUUCACACCUUGACUACAAUAGAAACUCCUGGCUGUGGCAGUAUUACAAACAGUUCGGCGGGGCGAUGCCUCUGCCGGAAGACAAGCUCAAGUCGGCCUCACAGGUACCAAAAGAUAAGACAUCAGAGAACAUUCUGUACUCGCACCUAACAAAAGGGAAAACCGAGGAAGAGCGACCUAGCACAAGGAGCCCGGUGCAGCCCCAGCAGAAUGGUGAAAUGCGAGAGCCGACCGGCGAAUCGGUGCGCGUGGCCGAGCCGGCCGCCAGCCCCGGCGCAGGCGCUGAGAACAAGGAGCCCGCCGAAAACAAGAGCCAGGCCAAGGCACGCACCGUGCUCGACAGUCUACUGUUCAACAAUGGCGCAGAGGACGCGCGAGCCGCGGCCGCGCUGCCCGGCGAGUGGGAGGCGGGCGCGGCCGAGGCGCUGGAGCACGGCGACAAGUUCCUGGCGUGGCUGGAGGCGAGCGCCGACCCGAGCGUGACCCGCAUGCACGUGCACCAACUGCGUGCUCUGCUGCAUAAUUUGCGAGCGCGCCGCACGCCCGCCGCUGCGCUCGAUUCAGCGCGUCGCAAAUAGGCGGGUUACAGUCGGCCCCCUCGCUACAGGGAAUAUCUUCAAUUAUAUGUACAUAUUAUGUAGUCUACGUCGCCAGUAAGCGUUCACUUGUGAUAUGUGUAGCCAAAUUUGCGUAAUUUCUUUGUUCUAAAAGAAAAGCUAUGCAUUAUUUCCCUUUAGUCGUAAGAGUAAUUAAGAUCUGACACUGUUUGCGGAGUUUGUCGAGCCGCCUCGUUGAACGUCUUUAAUAAUUACAGUUUUCCAGUUUAACAAAUAUAAUAAGUGUAGUGUCUAAUGGAUCUUAAACAAAUUGAUUUCCGAUGCACAUAUUCUGAAUAUACAUAUAAUAAUAAUUAUUAAUUGUAUCGCUGUAUGUUGCCAUUUGAUGAUUACAUUCCUAGUUGUAUCCUUAUAGUUUAUAGUUGGAUCCCUAUGUUCUACCUCAAGUCAAAACUUAAUGCUAAGUCACGGCGUCCUUUCAACCGUUCACUGUGUAUUUAGGUGUGUGUGGUGCGUGUGAGCGCCUCGCACGUGCGGGUGUGGGGAGGACGGACGGACAGUGUCCACACUGUCCACUUGUCCCGGUUGUGGACAGAUACCAAACCAAAUAGCGAAAGGAUGCGAUCGUAUUCGAUGUGCCAAUCGUGCGAACAAGGUAAUAUUGUUAAGGUAUAGAUGACUCUAUCGCGUUAGAGCUAGACUCGUUGUGUAAUUGUUUUCUAUUGCUCAGUAUUUUAUAUAUGUAGUAGACAUUCUCGAUGUCACUCGGAAUUGUAUUAUAUGUUAAAGUUAACAGUUAAGGAAACUGUGAUCAAAAUUAUAAAUUAUUGAGAGAUUAUUAAUAUUGUAAGUACAUUCCUAAAUAAUAGAGUGUAUUAUUGUAAUGUUAAAUAUUGUCCACCGUGGCCGAACCCAGCUGCUCUAAUGGGAGGAACUUUAUUUGCAUUUCACAUUUAUUAUAAAUAAAAAGAUUCGAGAGAUGAUAUUUUGUACAAAAUUAAAAUUUUGGAUUAUAAAAUUAUAACUCUCUUAUCACAGAGUUUGUGAUCUCGAAAAUGUUGAUUAAACUUGAUUGAAACUUUA